CGUGCUGCCAGAUCUGGAUAUCAACAUGAUUUGCUGGGCGACCUGCGCGGCUUCUUCGAAUCUGGCGUUGAGCCUUUGAACUUGCACCACUGGAAAAGCUGGUACAGCGAACCUGUAGUUUCCAUGGCGCAGGCGACCAACUUUUGCGGGAACUGCUUCCUUCAACGAUUCAUCUUUGGCAACGAUACUGUCCUUAGUAAUGGCUACUCGAUCACCGUGUACCCAAAGGGUGUGGAUUCGCUUGAUCUGAACAAGAUAGAGCGAACAUGGGGCAACGUCUAUGCAGGCAAGGACCCGAAGUACGAGUACAGCAUGGGGCCGCUGCGCGACAGGGUGCCCGACAGUGAUCACAAAACGUACUACCUCAAAUACACGGAAGUCAGGGCAGAUCUCAUGAGACAGCUGUGCUCAAGACCGCACUUCCCCGGCAGCCAUCACCAGGCCAUCGCUCUUUUCUCCAUCAUCAACAUCAACCCCGAUCUGCUUCACGGGUGCACAAGCCAGCACCGAGAGACCAAGCCAAACAUGCUUCGUCUCCAAAGUCUCUGGGCAGAGGCAGUCGCCAUCUCACCAAGUGGCAAGGAAGACCCGCCAGAAGAACAUACCAAGGAUCUCUUGCAAGAGCUCUGUGAAGGCGUUAUCCACUACAUCUUGUCGCUCGACGAGCGCUUCCGCUUCGAGCACAAAGUCGUCUUCGCCGCAGUCAACAUUGCUCUCCAUGCCAUCCUCAAACCUGAAAAAUGGGCCAUUUUUGAGCCGACCAGGGAGGUGCUCUACGCGAAGGUCGGCAGCGCAUGUCUUGACAUGGCACUCGGCCUCACUGCAGUCCACAGAGCCAUCGUUGAGGCGAUGCUGGAGACCGCAGUCAUGGAUACAGAUCGCCAGCUCUCCAUGGACAGCAUUCUCAGCACACGGGCGAGCAUCCUGCACCGCAUUGGCCACUGCGUCAACGGCUCAACCCCAAUCCACUUCCUCGACUUUGUGUAUCCUCCCGAUUCGCGCACCCCCUUGGAGCAAUACAUACGCUUCGAAGUCUUGCGUGUCCUCCGGGCUGUACUGGUGGAGCCGUCUUUCUUCUCUUGCUCUGCGAGCCAGAUGGUGGCUGCGGCAGUCUCUGCAACGUGGCGUCGUCGGUUCGGAAUCCCCUGGGCGGAGCCGCUCGAUUCCCUUCCUGGUCACCAUUACGAAGAAAUCAAGUGGAUAGCGGACCUUCUGUAAUGUCGCAAGUGAGUUGCGGGGUGCGGUGAUUCCCGGCUCAUACUCUCUACAAGAAUGUCUUAUGUGUAUGGGAAGGACGUUCGUAAAACAAUGUCAAGGGUACCCAUAGAUUUCUUGCCCUACGGAACCUCCUCGCCGCGGUCUGGGAAGGUGAGACAUAGUGUCUGGCAGUGUAGGUGCGGGCCAUUCGUAGGCGAAUCGACAUUUGUAUGUACAUAAAGCUGGUCAAUGUAUCUCUCGUUUAGUUACACUUCCUGUCAAGAAUUUGCCCG